AAGCGACGCGCCGUCCCAACAGGAAGUGCCUUCCGCUAUUCGGGCUAAUGUGAGCCGAGGAGCAGCAAACAUGUUUAAUGACAGCGAGUUGGCGACGCUGAGGAACAGAUUUAAAAGAGAUGCAGAGCUGCUCAUGCAGACGACGACGUCGGCGGCCGUGGACGGCGAAAAGAGUCAGGAUGAAAAAGAUCUGAAACCCCUCCCUCGCAUCAACAGACACUCCGUUUUCUGGAUCGUGGCAUCGGCAGCUGUGACCUACUAUGCAGAUUUUCUGCAUGUCAUUAUGGAGAGUGAUGAUGUCAAAAGCUGGUGGUUUAACAUCGGUCUGAUACUCCUUGGGAUCUGCCUCUCUCUCGCCAUGUUCUGCAUUGUGUACCUGGAGUGGUUCAAAGGCAUUCAGCAUUAUGACCAAGAGUACCCUGCCAUUCCUCCCAUUACCACUGCAGCCUUUAUUGCUGCGUCAUGCAGCUUUAAUAUUGCACUGUGGCCAGUUUGGUCCUUCUUCACUCCACUAAUCCUCUUCACACAGUUCAUGGGCGUCGUCAUGUUCAUCUCUUUGCUUGGCUGAAUGAUAAAAGGGCAGAACAGCUGAAAGGAGGUGAGCAAGGCGUCCUCCCUGUGGUUCUCUGCUUCUCACUAAGACUCUACAUCCACG